AUGUCGGAAAAAAGUGAACUCAAAGCAGAGCUAGAAAGGAAGAAGCAACGCUUGGCUCAAAUCAGAGAGGAAAAGAAAAGGAAGGAGGAGGAACGCAAAAAGAAGGAGGCAGAACUACUGAAAGAUACUGCUGUUCACCAUGAAGAGUCUGACUUGGAGAAGAAACGGAGUGAAGCUGAUGCCCUGCUGCAAAGUUUUGGCAUAGCCUCAGAUGUUUCUGUUGUUCCCCCUCCCAUGUCUCCAACUGCCAAAUCGGCUGAUACCUUAAGUGAGACAGGGAGUCAGGACUCAGAUGGAGCCGUGGGACCAAGGACACUACACUGGGACUCUGACCCGUCCACUCUACAACUUCACUCUGAUUUUGAGCUGGGGCGGGCAGCUUCAAAGCUGGGGAUGGCCAAAGUCACACAGGUGGAUUUCCCCCCACGCGAGACUGUGUCGUAUACAAAAGAGACCCAGACACCUGUUGUGACACAGCUAAAAGAAGAUGAGGAAGAAGAAGAAGUUGCUGUACCACAGCCUGUAGUUGAGGUUCAGACUGAGAAACCUGACAUCAAAGAGGAUGAAGGAGUGACCCUUCACGAGCUGACGGAGGAAGAGAAACUCCAGAUUUUGCACUCAGAGGAGUUUGUACAUUUUUUCGACCACAGCACUCGCAUCAUCGAGCGGGCUCUGUCAGAGCAUGUGGACCUUUUUUUCGACUAUAGUGGUCGUGACCUAGAGGAGAAGGAGGGUGAAAUCCCAGGUGGAGCAAAACUUUCACUCAAUAGACAAUUCACAGAUGAACGCUGGUCCAAACACCGUGUCGUCACAUGCCUGGACUGGUCACCCCAGUAUCCUGAACUUCUGGUUGCUUCCUACAACAACAACAUGGACGCUCCUCACGAGCCGGACGGUGUUGCCUUAGUGUGGAACAUGAAGUACAAGAAGACCACACCGGAGUACGUCUUCCACUGUCAGUCUGCUGUUAUGUCCACCGCUUUCAGCAAGUUCCACCCAAAUGUAGUAGUUGGGGGUACAUACUCAGGCCAGAUUGUUCUGUGGGAUAACAGAAGCAACAAGAGGACUCCGGUGCAAAGGACACCCCUGUCUGCAGCCGCUCAUACGCACCCAGUUUACUGUGUUAACGUUGUUGGAACGCAGAAUGCAAACAACUUGAUCAGCAUUUCCAAUGAUGGCAAGACGUGCACCUGGAGUCUGGAUAUGCUCUCACAGCCACAGGAUAGCAUGGAGCUGGUGUUCAAGCAGUCCAAAACCGCAGCCGUCACCUCCAUGUCGUUCCCACUGGGAGACGUUAACAAUUUUGUGGUGGGCAGCGAGGACGGCUCUGUCUACAUGUCUUGUCGUCAUGGAAGCAAAGUAGGCAUUAGUGAGAUGUUCGAGGGCCACCACGGGCCGAUCACAGGCAUCCACUGUCAUACAGCUGCCGGGCCGCUGGACUUUUCACACCUCUUUGUGACCUCGUCUUUCGACUGGACGGUGAAACUCUGGAGCACCAAGAACAACAAGCCACUCUACUCGUUUGAGGACAACUCAGACUAUGUUUACGACGUCAUGUGGUCUCCGACUCACCCGGCUCUGUUUGCUUGCGUGGACGGCGUGGGCCACCUGGACUUGUGGAAUCUCAACAAUGACACAGAGGUCCCGACAGCUAGCGUAACCGUGGAAGGGAACCCGGCUCUCAACAGGAUCCGAUGGGCUCCUUCUGGAAAGGAAAUCGCAGUGGGAGACUCUGACGGACGAGUCAUAGUGUACGACAUUGGGGAGCAAAUCGCCGUUCCGCGCAAUGACGAGUGGAGCCGCUUUGUCCGCACGCUGGCCGAGAUCAACGAGAACAGAGACGACACCGAGGAACUGGCAGCUCAGCGGCUGGCCGCGUGA